AUGGAUGAGGUUUUUUGCAGAGAUAACGUGAACCCAGCCCUGUCAUUGACUACACAGGUCUCUUCCAUUUUGAUUCUUUCUCACGUUUUUCAGAUUUUCCUCAAGCCCUUGGGACAACAUGCCCCCGUUGCUCAGAUCCUCGCGGGGUUCAUUCUUGGUCCAUCAGUCUUAUCGAGAUCACCACAAAUAUAUAGCUUUUUCUUUGAGAAUUUUGUUGUUGACUUCUAUGAAAGUUUGGCAUUGUUCAGUAGAAUCAUUAUCAUGUUUCUCAUAGGCCUUGAGACGGAUGUAUCUUAUAUAUUGCGUCACUGGGGUCCAACUAGCAUCGUUGCUUGUUGUGGUUGUUUGAUAUGUUCAGUGUUGGCCACAGCUAUUGCCUUCUUUGUAUAUGAGGAGACUGGAUCUCGUGGGUCACGAGUCAUGUUGGCCUUAGUCCUCACAGUGAUUUUAGCUAAUGCUGCAUCUCCUAUAGUGUUCCGAUUGGUAGCUGAUCUAAAGUUUGCAACCACUGAUUUUGGACGUCUAGCCAUCUGUUCUUCUUUGAUUGUUGACAUGUAUGCUAUGUUUAUCUUAAUUAUAAUCACGGGUGCAAAAUACAAAGAAACAUUUCUUACUUGGGUAUUGAAGGGUUUUUGUUCAGUCCUGCUUCUUGCGGGCGUUGUUGUUUUCACCACAUACUUGGCUAAUUGGCUUAAUCACCGAAAUAGAAACCAAAAGAAUCUCAAAGCUGUCGAAGUAAUGUUGAUUUGUGCAGUCAUUAUUUUUGCUGCUAUGACUCUCGAAACUAUGGGAUUUAGCAGCAUAAUAGCUUGUUUCAUUAUGGGUUCGAUGUUUCCAAGGGGAGGAAAAUCAGGUCGGACAUUGUUGACCGUCCUAACAUACAUGGUUCACAACUUUAUUUUCCCCAUUUACUUUGGCUACACCGGGUUUAGAGCAGAUAUAACUUAUCUCAAUAAACUCAAAAACGUUGGCAUUGUUCUUAUGGUAAUCUUGUCGAGCAUUGGUGGCAAGAUCAUCGGCACGCUUGUGGCUUGUCAUUACUUAAAGACACCCCUAAAAGAGGGCAUCCUCCUUGCUUUUCUCUUGAACAUGAAGGGGCAUGUAGAUCUUUUGACGUUGACAUCAGCUAUGCUAAAUAACGAGCUGACAAGUUUGGUAUUCUACAAUUUGAUGCUUAUAGCUAUCGUUAUUAGUUCCUUGGUGUCAUCCAUGCUAGUCAGUUUCUUGGUGAAAAGAGAAAGUGAAACCAUUGGUGUCAAGCACAUACCAUUGGAAUAUCUUAGCCCUAUGAAGGAGCUAAUCGUACUCGCAUGUGUGCAUAGUCCACACCCUGUCCCUACUAUGGUUCAACUUGUUGUAUCACUUAGAGGGUCUCAAGAUGUUCCAAUUACCCCUUACUUGAUGCACUUGGUUGAACUUCCUGAGAAACCAGAAGAUGGUUCACCAUACCAUAAGCAUCAAGAAGAUGAAUUUAGCGAUGAUGAAGACCAUGGUGCUGAUGAUGCAGUGGAAAUAAAUGAGGCAGUUGAUGUUUUCACCGCAGAUACAAAGACGGUCUUUCAUCAAGUUAAAAAUGUAUCACCUUAUUUGAGCAUGUUUCAAGAUGUUUGUGAAUUGGCAAACGAUAUAUGUGCAUCAAUCAUAAUUCUUCCUUUCCACAAACAUCAACGAAUUGAUGGAAAAUUGGAGAAAGAUAAAGAGGCUAUAAGGAUAACAAAUCAGAAAGUAUUACGCCAUGCUCAAUGUUCAGUGGCUGUUCUCAUAGACCGUGGACAUAAUGCCAUUGCUUCACAGGUUGCGGGAUCUGAACCUCUACAGCGUGUUGCAACUUUGUUUUUUGGUGGGCCUGAUGAUCGUGAGGCAUUAGGACUUAGUAAACGUCUUAGCACACAUGAUCAUAUGAUCCUGACCAUCAUCAGGUUUCUCCCAACAUCAACAAAAGAAGUUAAUAAGGGUUUGACUGUUUCCCACAAGGGAGAUGACGUUUUAGUGGCUGCAGUAAAUAAUGGAACAGAAAUUGAGGGAGCAGACCGCACGGCCUUGAACAAUUUUUAUCACAGCUAUGUGACAUCCGGCAAAGCAGGAUUUGUAGAGAAGUACGUGGACAACGGGGCACAGACAGCAAUGGUCUUGAGAGACAUGGUCGAGAUGUACUCAAUGUUCAUUGUAGGGAAAGGUAGUGGAAGAGUAGACUCCCCUCUAACUACUGGAAUGAGUGAUUGGGAAGAGUGUCUUGAGCUUGGUAUAGUAGGUGAUUUUUUGUCUUCUUCAGAAUUCGAUAAGGGUGGUUCAGUUUUAGUUAUUCAACAACAAAUGUUUCUCCAUCAUACGACAACCCAAUAUAGAGUUUAA